CUUUAGGCGCGGGAGGCCGGCGCAUGGCGGACGUGGUGCUGUUCGAGUUUCUGCACACGGAGAUGGUGGCGGAGCUGUGGGCGCGUGACCCGGACCCCGGCCCCGGGGGACAGAAGAUGAACCUGUCUGUCCUAGAGGGCAUGGGCUUCCGUGUGGGCCAGGCCCUGGGUGAGAGGCUGCCCCGGGAGCUGCUGGCCUUCAGGGAGGAGCUGGACGUCCUCAAGUUCCUGUGCAAAGACCUGUGGGUGGCCGUGUUCCAAAAGCAGAUGGACAGCCUCCGCACCAAUCACCAGGGGACCUACGUCCUGCAGGACAACAGCUUCCCCCUCCUCGUCCGGAUGGCCUCGGGCCUGCAGUAUCUGGAGGAAGCACCCAAGUUCCUGGCCUUCACCUGCGGCCUCCUGCGUGGCACCCUCAGCACCUUGGGCGUCAAGAGCCUGGUCACCGCCUCCGUGGCAGCCCUGCCCACCUGUCCCAGCCUCAGGCUAAAGCCAGCCCUUCUCUUCCAGACCCGAGUCCUACCAGAACAGCUGACCGGUCCCUCAGCCUCCCUGCCUCCCCCGCCCUUUUACAUUCAUAGCAUCUUGGGGCAUCGUGCACCUGGACUCGGCCCCCUGCUGCCUGACGUGGGUAAGUACUUCCCCCUCAGAGCUGUAAACCAAGACGAGAGUGAGGAAGGGUCUCCUUGCUUAAAACACCCCCACGGUGGCUCCUCACCCUCUGCAGAGUCUGGCGCAGACACCCCAUCCAGCCCUGCCUGGGCCUGCCCCUCAGCCCACACAGCUGGUCCGCCUUCCCUGGCCGGCCUCACGUGUUCUCUGCCUGGGCUGCCCGCCCCCGCCCGCUCCCCAGACUCCUGCUCCCUCUCAUCUCCGGUAGCCGCCCGGCCUCUGCUGACCGCCACGCCCACUGGAGCGGUUCCUCACUGGUCUCUGUGCCUGCAGCCCUGGGCGGGCUCCUGGACAGCCUCCCUCUGCCCUGUGGUGUUUACUUGUUUAUGUUCCACACACUUCCUCUUGGGUCCCUCCCGACCCCUCCUCUGGUGGUGGCACUGCCCAGCGCAGAGCCUGGCAGAUGUUUCCCGAAUGAAUUGCAGCCACUCAGCGACACUGUGUGCGGACGGCAGCGGGAGUGGGCGACUGUCCCAGCCCUGCUCUCAAGAAGCUCAUGGGACUGUCCUGGAGGUUCCCCCACUCAGACAGACCAGCCCCGCCGAGGGCCGGGGUGGUGAGGGGUGCUUGGCAUGGGGGCACAGUCCCGCAUUGGUGGAGGACAGGGAGGAGAAGCGGCUUGAAAGCCUGGGGAAGGAGAGACAGGCCUGGCCCCGGGUGGAGGGGGGGACAGAGCUCUGGCUACAGGGUGCUGUGUUUGGCCACCCAGGCGGAACCCCUAGAGGGGUGCCCUGCAGGGCCGGGUGGGUUCCCGUCUCCUGUCCUGAACCCUUGUCCUGGGCACUAUUCCGUGGUUGCCUCCCCUAUCCCCAUCAGGCCAGCCCUCUCCCCGGGCAGUCACAGUUGUCCCCAUUGCUCCAGCAGUGCAGAGACAGGACCCUGGGGGACGAAGGGCCCCCGUGGCAUCUAAGGCCCCCCUUGCUCAGCCCCAUCCCGCCCUCACCUCUGGAAGAAGGGCUGCAGGGAGCCCUCCACCUGCCCAGCCAGCAGCAGGCAGAGCACCACCCCAGCCUGCUUUCAAAGCCCCCUCUGCUUCCCUGUGACCCGGGUCAGGGACUUCACCUCUCCACACCUCGGUUUCCUCAUCUGUAAAGUGGGCAUCACACCCACACCACUGGGGUAUGGCGAGAAGGACGGGGUUACUGUAGGAAAAGCACGUCCAUCGCGUGCGACUCCUGGAAGCCUUUGUCCUGUGUGUAUUGUCGUGACAUGUGAAGCAUUUUGAGCAACCCGGUAAGUGGGUCAGUCAGCCGAGCAGGCGUAGCUGCUGUCGGUGCCCAGUGCCAGCCCUGUGCUCUGUGGACUCCUCCUGACAACCAUGAGAGGCAGGUGCCGACACUGGCACCUCGUUGCUCAGCAACGAGGAAGCCAGGGCUCAGACAGGUGAAGUCACUUGCCCAAGAUCACACAGCUGGGCCCAGGAGGAACUGGCAUCCGAACCUGGGAUUGCGUCUUCUCCCGGUCCCAGGCUCUUCAUCCACGUCCCAGCCUCCUGCCCUCCCACAGCAGAAGUGCGCCGGGGCUGGCCCCAUAGACCCUCUGGCAGGUCCCGCCCCAGGCAGCACGGAGGCCUGCCAUCCCCAUCCCUUGCCUGGGGUACCGCGUGGAGGCAGCCUCCCAGUCCUUGAGAGCAGACAGCACUGGACAGGGCGGGCAAACCGGUCGGGCGGCUCGGCUCCCAGCUCCGGGGCCUCACCAGUUGGGCCUGCGCUGACAGCAGAGGGCUGGCACAGCAGCUCGGCCGAGGCUGCC